AUGAAUGAGUUGUUCGAGCAGUUCGCUGAGGCGCAGACCGUUAGAAACGGAUACCUGCUUGCACAGACGCUGUCACCUGUACCGCCACCAGAUGAUGCUCAUAGGCUGAGGAAAAUCUGGCAAAGUACCAACUCUCACAGCGUGAAGGGGGACAUCAAGCACUUCAUAAAGACGCAAUCCUCCUAUCGGGCUAGUCUCGAUGCCGAUGAGAUCAACGGCUGGGUGGAGGUGUAUGCAGCUUAUUGGAAUGCCAUCGGAGAGAUCCUCGCGGGCGAGAGCGGAAAGUCCACAUGGACCAAGGUGUAUGAGUCGUGGAAAGACCUCACGUCCAUGCUGAUACGAGGAUACAACAACUUCGGCUUCGAGGCGUGGACAAUCCCAAGCCUGUAUCUCGUUGGCAAGUAUCUUCGACUGUUCGCCAUCAAGUCCGACGACGAACGCAGCCGCAGUUCCGCCGACCCGACUACUGCCGCGUCCCUCAUGCAGGAUGACUUCGACCCGGAAUCUGGGAAGCAAGCCCAGUUGAGAGACUGCGAGCAGCACUUAAAGCGCAUCUUUACGUUGUGCUUGAAUGACAGAGCCCCCAUCGAAGAGUCGCGAAAAUGGGGCAUCUAUUUUGUCAUCAACUUGCUCUUCAAGACCUACUUCAAGCUUAACUCGGCUUCCCUAUCGAGGACAAUCUUGAAGACGUUGGCCGUUUACAACGACAAAGGAGAUAUGCCGCCGCUGGAGGCGUUUCCGAAGGCCCAGAGAGUGACAUUCAAGUAUUAUGAGGGAGUGCUGUUCUUUUUGGAAGAGAACUACGUUCAGGCAGAGAAACAUCUUGUCCAGGCGUGGAAUCUUUGCCACAAAGAUGCAAAGGCGAAUUUGGAACGCAUCUUGACUUACCUUAUUCCAUGUCGGCUACUCACCAGCCAUGUUCUGCCGACGAAGAAACUGCUGGAGCCGUUUCCGCGACUGCAGGACCUAUUCUUGCCGCUUGCGCAAUGUAUUCGGCGAGGGGACCUGCGCCAAUUUGACAUUGCACUGCAACAUGGCGAAGACGUUUUUGUCAAAAGACGCAUCUACCUGACUCUCGAGCGCUGCCGCGACAUUGCCUUGCGCAACCUACUGCGCAAAGUCUUCAUUGCUGGAGGCUUCGACGAGGCCAAAGAUGGAGACGCGGCGCCGGUUCGGCGAACAAGAGUCCCUGUCGCAGAGUUCCGCGCCGCCAUUUGCAUGGGAAGUGGUGGAGAGACCAUUGACACUGACGAGGUAGAGUGUCUCUUGGCCAACAUGAUUUACAAGGACUUGAUGAAGGGCUACAUUGCCCGUGAACGAGGCAUCGUCGUGCUGUCCAAGAAGGGGGCGUUCCCGGGCACAGGCGUUUGA